GCUCGGUUGUCAUGAGAGUGGCGGCCGCGGCCCGGGCGAUGGAAGGAGGCUCCCUGGGCUGCUCCUUGGCUGCCACCGCCGCUGCGGCUCCAAGGCGUGGGGCAGCUUGGGGCGGCAGAGGAGGCGCCACCUGAGUCCGCCUCAGGGAGCCGGCUGCCAAGGGGUCGGCGAAGGGUCGGCCGGGCCGCCCCACCCGGGCCGGGAGCCAAGGCCAGGCCUACCCGCUGGGCGCCCCGUUGGGGCCGCCUCCCGGAGCUGCAGCUGAGGCUCCACCCGACCGGGCCGCCCCGCAGCAAGCCGCGCCCCGACUUCACGCGGAGGACCCCGCCAUCCGGGAGUCGCCCCACGCUGCCGCCCCCACCCCAUUGGGACCCUCGAAAUUCCAGUCGGGGGACCUUUCCGUUCUGAUCAGCCCAGCCGUGCAGAAUGCCCCACAAGAUUGGAUUUGUAGUCGUCAGUUCAUCUGGACACGAAGACGGCUUCAGUGCCAGGGAACUAAUGAUCCAUGCACCAACUGUUAGUGGAUGGAGGUCUCCCAGAUUUUGCCAGUUCCCACAAGAAAUUGUGCUUCAAAUGGUAGAAAGAUGUCGAAUAAGAAAACUGCAGUUACUCGCCCACCAGUAUAUGAUUUCAAGUAAAAUUGAAUUCUACAUUAGUGAAAGCUUGCCUGAAUAUUUUGUACCGUAUCAAGCAGAGCGGUUUCGAAGACUCGGUUACGUCUCUCUGUGUGAUAAUGCAAAGACCGGCUGCAAAGCCCGGGAGCUAAAAUCAGUGUAUGUGGAUGCAGUCGGGCAGUUUCUGAAGCUGAUAUUUCACCAAAACCAUGUCAACAAAUACAACAUAUAUAAUCAGGUCGCUCUGGUUGCAAUAAAUAUCAUUGGAGAUCCUGCAGAUUUCAAUGAUGAAAACAAUGUUACUUCUAGAGAGAAGCUGAUUGACCACUAUCUAGGGCACAAUGCCGAGGAUCCUGCUCUGGACGGCACGUAUACCGGGAAACCUGACUACAUUUCUCCACUAGAUGACCUAGCUUUUGAUAUGUACCAAGAUCCAGAAGUCGCACAGAUCAUACGCAAGUUAGACGAAAGGAAACAUGACGCUGUCCAAAAGGAACGUUACGAUUAUGCCAAGAAACUAAAACAAGCUAUUGCGGAUUUACAAAAGGUUGGUGAGCGUCUCGGGAGGUACGAGGUGGAGAAGCGAUGUGCUGUGGAGAAGGAAGACUACGACCUUGCCAAGGAGAAGAAGCAGCAGAUGGAGCAGUAUCGCGCCAAGGUCUACCAGCAGCUGGAGCUUCACAACCUGAUGGAUGCAGAGCUGAUGCGAAGACCCUUUGAUUUGCCCCUGCAGCCCCUUGUUCACCCCGGCAGUCCUCGCCAUCAGAAGCCAAAGCCCUCGCUGCCGCAGCAGGAGGAGAGGCUGACAGAGAAGCGGGCCAUGGAGCCUCUCCUGCAGGAGCAGCCCUCCUCGCGGUCUCGCAGCGUUCCUCCUCAGCACGCCGCCGUGGGCCAGGUGCUGCCAUCCCCGGACCCUCGUCCAAAGAUUGACGUGGAGAUGUUGCCCUAUGAUGAGCGACCCCUCCCAGCUAUUCGCAAACAGCAGGGGGAAACACACAUGGAGUAUGAACUGAGCGACCCAGAUGUCAGUGAGGCUCAAAAAGGAGGUAUUUCAGGGGAACCGGAGCCCUUAACAGAGAAAGCCCUGAGAGAAGCCAGCUCCGCCAUCGACGUGCUCGGGGAGACUUUGGUUGCUGGGGCCUAUUCCAAGACAUGGUCAUACCGGGAAGAUGCGUUGCUUGCUUUGUAUAAAAAGCUGAUGGAAAUGCCCACUGGAACUCCAAAGGAAGAUUUAAAGAACAUGCUGAGGGCGUCCGUCUUUCUCAUCAGAAGAGCCGUGAAAGACAUAGUGACCUCAGUCUUUCAGGCCUCUUUGAAACUGUUGAAGAUGAUAAUCACACAGUAUAUCCCCAAGCAUAAACUGAGUAAACUGGAGACAUCCCACUGUGUGGAGAGGACCAUCCCCACCCUGCUCACCAGGACCGGGGACUCCUCCGUGCGCCUGCGCAUCAUCGCCUCCAACUUCAUCCAGGAAAUGGCCUUGUUUAAGGAAGUUAAGUCUCUCCAAAUUAUCCCAACUUACUUGGUCCAGCCAUUAAAAGCUAACUCUUCAACUCACCUGGCAAUGAGUCAGAUAGACCUCCUGGCACGGCUGCUGAAAGACCUGGGCACCGAGGGCUCGGGCUUCACCACCGACAACGUGAUGAGGUUUUCAGUGAGUGCCCUGGCGCAUAGAGUAUAUGAGGUACGAGAAACAGCGGUUAGAAUUAUUUUGGACAUGUAUAAACAGCACCGGGCUUUUAUUCUAGAGUACCUUCCUCCAGAUGACAACAACACGCGCAAAAACAUUCUCUACAAAACAAUUUUUGAGGGAUUUGCUAAAAUAGAUGGCAAACCUACAGAAGCUGAAAUUAGGGCACAGAAAAAGGCAGCCACAGAAGAAGUGGAAAGGCAAAAGAAAGAAGAAAUUAAAGUUUUACAAGGACAGUUGGCGGCACUCAAAGAAAUCCAGGUGGAAGUCCAGGAAAAAGAAAGUGAUGCCAUGAAGCCGAAGAAUCAGGACACUCAAGGAAGGAAAGCUGACCCACCUAAUGCUCCAGAAACUCCAGAUAAUCAUUAUUUGGAUCAUCUGUGUAUUUUUUGUGGGGAAAGGAAUGAGUCCUUCACAGAGGAAGGCCUGGACCUGCAUUACUGGAAGCACUGUCUGAUGCUGACGAGAUGUGACUACUGCAAGCAGGUGGUGGAGAUAGCCAGCCUGACAGAGCACCUGCUGACAGAGUGUGACAGGAAGGACGGGUUUGGGAAGUGCUACCGCUGCAGUGAGGCGGUGUUGAAGGAGGAGCUGCCCAGACACAUCAAAACCAAAGACUGCAAUCCCUCCAAGUCAGAGAAGCUGGCAAAUAGGUGUCCUUUGUGCCACGAGAACUUCUCGCCUGGAGAAGAGGCGUGGAAGGCUCAUCUGAUGGGUCCCGCCGGCUGCACCAUGAACCUGCGCAAGACACAUGUCCUGCACAAAGUGCAGGCACCACCACCAGGGAAAGGCUCAGCAAUGACUAGAGCGGGCACCUCGGGAUUGAAGGCUGGGAGCAAGAUCCCCACCCCAAAGAGGGGCCUGAGUAAAAGCUCCAGCAGGACAUACACAAAGCGAUGAUGCAACAAGUACUGGUUCCCUUGUCACCGUGCAUGACGGGGCAGGCUCUCUGAUUCUGAACCAUUUCUCCUCAAAUCGGCCUUUGGGACUGGCACCCGGGCCCGCUGCUGCCACCACACGGCUCUUGGCCGAGCACGUCCUCUGCUUGUCAGCAGUGUCAGCUCCCGUUAAAUGACGGGCGUGGGACUGACCAAAGAGCCUGGACCCCCGAGCACCAAACCUCACUUAUCUCUUGGCUUUCAGGUUUCUGGCUUCUCAGGCCUUCGUGACACAGCAGAGCACUGGUUUUGUUUGCACAGGAAGCUCAGCGUGGCAGCUGACAGGCAGGAGCAGCAUGUCAGGAAACGGCACAGGCAGAGCAGCCGCCCUUCUUAGCUCGUAGGAGUGACCAUCGUAAGACAUUCUCUGACCAUUUGCAUCGUAGCCUCUCCACGUGGGGUAGAGUGUCCCCAGGGCUGUGGCCCCACUGGGCAGUGGUAACAGAUGCAGUCAGAGGAGAGCCAGGGCUUCAGGAGCAUCUAACUGUCUGCUAGGUCUGCUGCCCAGGGCACUUAGCCACGGGGUAGAAGAGGGUUCAGUACCUCCAGAGCACGUGUUUGCCACUCCCACAGAAAUAAAGGUGAAAAGGAAGUCUAAAAAGAACAAAAGUUACUGAGGGUCGGCCCUCCUGGGCACUCCCCUUGGUGGCCGACUGUUGAGUUGUGCUGUCUGCGUAGUCUUCACUUCCCUGCAGAGCCCCUAGCCUGUCCCAGCCGAGCACCCCCAGAUGGAGUAAGGUCAACACUAAUGCAGCUGUGACUGUGCUUAGUCUACUAGAGACAGAAAAUUAGCUGUCCUUUCAGCACCAAAAUAUUUGUCCCCCACCCCUUCCAGUGAUGAGGAUUUUUGCUUCUUCCUGAAUGUCAUAUGGGCAGGCUUUCAAAAUGACAGUGAGAAAUGCUUGAGAUUGAUGAAAUUUGUACAGUACAAUUAGUGUAUAAAUAUUGUUUAAUUCCCAACCUUGUGCAACAACAGAGUAUCAAAACUCAUAGCUAGUUGAGCAGUGUGCUCCCUGGAUAUGUUAGUAACCAUGAGUUUGCAUUAACUAAUCUCCAGUUUUAGCUAACUAAAAUGUGGUUGACUCAGAAUACUGAGCAAGAAUAAGACCUACCAAAAUACUUAACUUUAAAAAAUA